AUGGCUCUGGAAAAGCAGACCAGUGCAUUUAUAAUUCUUGUCGCUGUGUUUGGGAUAUUAUUUGGUGCUUAUUUAGUUUAUAGUUUACCAUUAAUUAGAUUCGCUAACAAUAUUAAAAAUAGAUAUGGUACUAACACAAUCAAUUGUGGAUUAUCUAUGAACGAAAGUGAUCAUUACUUUUGUGAAUCUGAUAGUGACUGGAUCGAACGGAAAAACGUUUAUAUUGAACAAGAUAAACGGAAUCAACUCAAACAAACAACUAAUAUAUUCUUUCUAACAAAUUGGGAACCAAAUUUUCAAUGCAGAUUCGAACGUCGAAUAGGCAGUACUGGAGACGGAGGCAAAUGGCGGCUUCUUCCUAAUUGUGAAAUUCAUACAUUUGAUCCGGGCGUUUAUCAAUGUCCGGUUAAUAUAUGUACAUAUCAUCAAGUAACUCUGGGCUCUGGAGAUGAUAAUAUAUCAAAAAGUUUAGAAAUGCUUACCAAUGACUUAAAUCAUACGAAACGUGAAAUAGACAUUUUUAAGAUAGAUAUUGAAGGUGGUGAAUACUCAUUGUUUCUGUCAAUGUUUGGUCCAACAAGACAAAAUACAACUAAAAAUAGUAAACGAAGAGUUUAUCCUCGACAAAUUCUUUUUGAAAUUCAUAUUGGAGGACAAGCUCCUAGUGAGACUCAUCAACUAUUUGAUUCUUUGAGAAAAUAUGGUUACGUCAUAUUUCAUAAGGAGCCUAAUUUAAUUGGUGGUGCAGACUAUUUUGAAUAUGCAAUGUUGAAGUUAACUAAAAAAUUCGUUACUAGACAAAAGAAAAUAGCGGCUGUUCCAAAGCCUAAAGUCAGUUUCAAUCUGAGAUGGCGCGAACAUAUUGAAGAUGUUGUACUCAAUUGUACAAAGCGACUAGGUGCUAUGUAUAGACAAUUUAAAGGUGCACCCUCUUCAAUUCGAUUACAAAUUUAUAAAACAUGCAUAUUAGCUAAACUAAAUUAUGCCAGAGCUUUGAAUGACAAUACCUUUGCUAGUUUCGAAAGUCAACUUGAAUCAGUUCAAAAAUUAGCAGCUCACAUGAUCACAUGUGAUUUUUAA